GCAGAGGAUUGUGGGUCAGAAUAGUCAGAAAAGCAUACUGGCCUCGUGGAUGUAUAACAAGACCUAAUUGUUCCAAUAAUACAUCCAUGGCUGGCUUACAUACUGCAAAAUGCGACCGGAUGCAAUAGGACUUCCUGAUGUUUUUGGCAUACUUUGUAUGAAGGCAUACUAAAUGUUUUUCUGGCAUACUAAAUAGUAUGGUAGUAUGGGAAUUGGAACGUACACUCAGCUUUUGGUGGCUCAUACGGCCGUUACAUAGCAGUACCUUAGCGACACCAAGUGCUCAUGAGUGGGAUUUGCGACUACCUGAGAUAAAACUAAUAAUUAAUUCCCCCUGAGUGUAACCACAAUAACGAUGCAACAACAGCGCAGAAGUUUUUGCAGCAUUAAACAAAAACAUGUGCCCUCACAAUUUCUGUCUCUUCAGUUUGAGUUUGGGUGUUACCCUCUUUGAGGUGAAGAAACUGGGUAACACCCAAAGACCUGAACUCACCUGAAACCAGCAGAGCUUUAUUUGAAUUUCUUCUUUGCCUUUUUCCGACAUGCUCGCCAAGGUUUGGUCAGACUUUGAGCAGAGCUUUCGGGCCAAAAUACUUUCGUUGAGGUCAUGGUGGCAGGCUGCCUUUCCUAUAUCUGUGCCCCCUUCUAUGGCUGCCGAUGACUACAACCCUGUCUCCCUCAGACACAAAUCCAAGAAGAAGAGCCGAGGAGGCAAUGGUACAAUGAGCAGAAGGCGGAUCUCGGUCAAAGAGCUGGGCCAGCCAGACCACCAGGGCUGGCUGUACAGGAAGAAAGAGAGCAAAGGCUUCCUGGGUAUCAAAUGGAGGAAGUACUGGUUUGUGCUGAAGAAGACAUCUCUCUACUGGUACACCAACCAACUGGCAGAAAAGGCUGAUGGCUACAUUGACCUCACCAACUUCAUGAUUGACAGAGCCAUAGAGUGCAAGAAGAAACAUGCAUUCAAAGCUUGCCACCCACAAGUUAUGAUGUUCUACUUUGCUGCUGAGAGCCAUGAGGAGAUGAACUUAUGGUUAAAUAAGCUUGGGCUAGCCUCCAUUCGGUAUGAGCCAACAGAGCGAAACACUGCAGCCGAGUGUUAUAGUGAAGCCAGUGACCAUGAAGAAGCUGAAAGCACAGAGAUUCCCCCGCCACCAUACUCUGAACAAACCCUUCAGCACUCUGUGGAUGCAUCCGUUCCACCUGGUAGCACACAUCAGGGUACCCUUCCUCCCCCUUACUCCUCCGCAGUCCCCAGCGAAGCCAACGGUUCCCUCUCGUCCCCCGUCAGUACGAUGACAUCGCAGAGCUCCACCUCCUCGCUCGCCAAGCACCGUCAGUCCUGGUUGGACCUGGUCUCGCAGGCAUCUCCUCCCACCGAGGAAACGGCAGUGGUGUGCUCGGUUCAGGUACACUCACGUCAACCUCCGCAAGAGGAGACGGAAGAAGAGGAUGACCCCCAGGUGUUGGAGAGCUCGUCUCACCAGGACUCUCUGGAAAUGGGGUCCAAUAAGGAAAGCUGUGCCGUGGAGGGGGAGGCACAGAGGGUCGUUUCAGGUGCUGAAGAAGAGGGGGUUCAUGGGAACAGCUCAGAUGAGAUGGAGAAGCUGUAUAUUCAUCUAAAAAAGGCCAGCCUUUCACCAAUAGGAGAUCGUAAACCAUCCACGAAAAGGGAAUUCAGGGCCUCCUUCAUAAAACGCUGUAAAAACCAGACAGUCAAUGAUAGACUGCACAUUAUCAGGACUCUCAACAGCACAUUAAAGUCAAAAGAGGCAGACCUACAGGCAAUAGAACAGGUGUUGACGGACCCGGAGCUUACCUCGAACAAGUUCAGACAGUGGAAGGAGGCCAAUACACCCUUGGUGCAGGAGAUCUGUGUUAAAAAGGACCGGCAGGUGGCAUCAGAGGCCACAAAAGCUGCAGCAUCAGUCAUUGCUGCUCCAGUUGUCGAGACCAGUUUAUAAAGACUCCUCAUGACUGAUUUUACUGUGUCUGGACUUGAAAGACACUCACAUACUUACUGGAUACACACACACACGCACACACACUGCUGUUUUCAGUUGAGACUACUGUUCCAUAUCAUUGGGCUUUAAGUGCUAUUCAACAAGUAACUGGAUCAAUGAAGAAGAGUGUUUUUAGUUCCUGAAUGGAGAUGGAACAGACCUUAUAUGAUUGGUCGCAUUAAAAUGUGAAAUGUGUCUUAGUAUUACUUUUACUUUUUGAUUUGUAAGUGUAGCUAAUUUGACAGAUAAUUGUUUUUAUGUUGUAAUUUUGUGAACCUAUGCAUAAACUGUUUUAAUAUUUGGAAUGAUGGACAUUGAAAUAAUGGAUCCGUUGUUCUCUGCAUGGAAACACUUGUUUUUACAGUAUGUUUUAUCUAGUCUGAUUUCAUCAGUAGUGAACACAUUUUUUACUGUUUUCAGUCAAUUAUUGGUGCCAUGCACCAUCGCUGCCUGUUACACAUGUUCUACAGCAUCUGUUUUGAAUGAUUGAUGUGUGUUGUUGGCCCAAGAAAUUAUAUUGUUAUACUUAUCAUGAAGACUUUCCAGAAUGAACACGAGGGCCUGCACUAACAGAAUAAAUGUUGGUCACAAAUCAUGAUAAUUUCAGAUUUUUCAGAGUCAAAGUGUCAAAUCAUUGUUACUACAAUAUAAUUUAAAGCCAAGAUAUAAGAAACCACCUUAUUUCAGUAGAAAAGGCUAUCUAAUUAUGUAUUCUACCAAACCAAAACAAACUAUACAACAAACAAAUCUUUGAAACGAAGAAUUCCAACCUUAAUGCAAACAUGCUUUGGAGUUCUUUUUUUUUUAAUUUUUUUUAUUUUUACCAUAAACACUGACAGUAACAGAUAACUUAAUUUAUAUGUUAUUGCAAAUGUGAUGAAGACUUUAUUACUAACCAAUAUCAAUGGUGUAUACAGUCUAUUGGACUUAAGGCAGAAUGUAGCAGUUUUCAUUUGCAUUUAAACACAGGAUGCAUGAUGGAUAAUUCUCAGGAAAAAAUAUUAUAUAUUAUAUUGUUCGUUAAGGCAGACUCCCUGCCCCCCCGGCCCUUACAAACUAGUCCAGCAGACCCAAACACUGUACUAGUUACAGAUAAACAGAUGAUUAGGAGGUUAUUCAGAUACAGAUGUCAGGCAUUAUGUGACAGCCACAGCUCCAGAGAGCAACAGAUUUAGGAAACGCAGGCCAAGCAGGGGCCUCUGACAUGGUGACAACACCUACUGGUAGGGGCCCAACCAAGCUCCAGGCCCAAAGAUGCAUUUUAAAUGUUAACUAAGUGUAAAUAGAUGUACAUGGAUGUUUGAUGUUAAUUAUCUUUGAUCUUUGAUUCUGGCAUGAAAGUCAGUUUGCUUGUUUGUAAACAUGGAAAUAAAGUAUUAUAACGAGUGAACAUUU